AUGGACAACCACGCACCUCCAGACGCGUUCCUUCCGGUCAUCUUAACAUCUAAGCAGGCCAUUGAAGACAUAUCUACUGUGUACUCCUGCUUAGAACGAUUCCCUCCUUCGAACACGGAGUAUCUUCCGAACUUUCGAGACCUAGACUUGAUCCAUGACAAAAUAUCAGUGUUACAUGGGAGCGACAGCGACUUUCUCGUGUACAAUGAUGCUCACGAGAGAGCCCACACGGAGGUCACCUUUGCCUUAGCGGGUUACAUAUCCGCUUUCGAUUUACCAGGACGCGGAGUAUUUCAACGAGAGUUGCAUAAACCUCAUACCUUGAAACAACGUGUCACGAUUGUAGCACCAGAGUCAUCUGGAUUCGACCUCUCGAUGGACGCAUUGACAUCGCUCGGUUCAUAUCUCGAGCAAUUCUCAACCGAGGGUCCUAACUUACACUUCAAGCCAAGGAAAGUACUCAAUCUGAGCGCCCUGGAGGCACGUUGCAACCUCUUUAGUCGUCAAGAAGAAAGCGUCAACCAUCCACUGUGCAACCUACCGACGUACAUGGAUCCCAAGGGAAAGUUGGCGGCUCAAAUCCGAAGACGGUCAUAUUGUCACACGACGGACAACGUCGUGCAGUAUGCAGAGUCGGAUAGACCUGUAACAAAGGAGCACGGCCAACUUGUUGUCCUAAACGUCGUCGUUCGACUGGUCAAGGCGAAUACGAGCAGACAGUUCUCUCGGAUGGUCGAGAUAGUCCUUCGAAAGCUAGUGUUAGUAGGAAGGACACAAGAACUGUCCUUGAUGAAGCUCCGUCAGGCCGAGAAAAGACGGGCGGCAUCGAUGACAGUAGUCGGAGACACCAUUACCUCGUCCAAGGGGCCAUUAAAAAGGGUCGUCGAGCAAAUAGAGACGAAAGAAGAAUAUGCGAGGGCAAGACUUGCAUCGAUGAGAAUGGAUGAAGAUGACGUUUUCGAAACCCACGGCAGAGCCGCAGAGCUGUCUGUGAUCGUCGCAUAA